AUGUCUACCACAAUUCAUCAGUCGCAGUUCUCUACGAGCACGUCCUCAUUUCGCGCUUCGCAAUCACAGCCGGCGCCCACGAUGUCAUACUCGGACACGCCUCUCACGCAGCUACCGUCUGUGGAUUUUAACUUCGACGACUUGCGAAAGCGUAUGGCGGACUUCACCAUCAAAUUCGAUGCAUUCAUCGAGCAAGGGAGGAAGAGAGUCCUAGAAGAACGAAAUGAGUUCCGAGCGCGCUUGGGUGAAUUGAGUGAGGAACGACGCUCGACUAGCACACAAAUCACCACGCUCCAAUCCACGCUGUCUACACAUAAUCAAGUAUUGGCACGCGAGCAAGCCGAGAAGAAUGAAAUGCACUCGCAAAUCAGCAGCCUCGAAUCUCACGCAACACAGCAAUCUGCGAAACGCGACCGACUGAGGUCCGCCAUCGCACAGACACAACGCCAAAUUGACGCGAAGGUACAAGCGCAAAGGGAAUAUGCAGCGAAACAGGAUGGACAAAGUCAACUUAACAGGCCUGAAUUGAGUUUUUGGGAGACAUAUCUCGGAUGUAGGAUUGAAGGGAGCGGAGACGAGAACAAGGUCAGAAUUGUGUUUAUAUUCCCACCGUCGAAAAAUUCUGGCUCUGGACUUGACGACAGAGAAGCCCUUUUUGAACUGGCGGUGCCGCUUACAGGUCAUGGAAAGUACGAAGUCACCUAUAUGAAACCCAAGUUGGAGCCGGCGCGGGUAGAAAGAGUCGUGGAUCGGUUGAACGCGACGAGGGAGAUUGGCACCGUGCUGAAGGGAAUGAGGGCGUUGUUUGUAGAGGCUAUCCAGUGA